GCCUGGAUGGAUACUUAAGGGGAGGUCAUCUGCUGGGCCUUAUCGAUCAGUUGGUCAGUCAGUCAGCGAACCACUGCACGUUUCAUCCAAAUCUUUUCACAAAUUUAAAGCAACACUAGGCACCAACAUUUACCUUACAGUGCAGUCAACAUGGCAAAUCAAGGGAUCGACGAGUCGGAGACAGAGCUUUUGACGAUAUCCUUUGGGGAUCUCUUGCAGUACUACAUAGAUAACCCUCCGUUCCAACCUUCAGUGGAAGCCAGCAGAACUGAUGAAGGGAGAUUGAAACGCCGGAGAGCCCGCAUGCUUCAAGAACAGCUGAAGCCCACGGCGGAUAGGGGGUGGCCAAAGGCGUUUUAUCUAUUUUACAAGCGUUCGAUCAACGAUCAGGAAUCGCCUGCAGACCAACUCAAACGGAUCCAAGCCUUCUUUACCAGAAUGAGACCUGGACCAACCAUAUUUGGAUAUGGGAUCACUUACAGAGACUUGAUACACUCCUGGGGGGUUGAGAUCGAAUGGGAUUCCGAACCUGACAUCAAGCCGCUCGAUAUUAUCACAGAGAUCAAACCGAUGUUCAAAGAGAUGUUGGCGGAUCAUGUCCAUCAGGUUGACUUCACCAUUGCCUAUCAGGAACUUCCACCGCAGUAGAUAUGGAGGAGUAGGUACCUGAAGGUAGGCGCCAUCCGGUACUGGGAUCAUGAAUACAUUGUUCAUCAGUACCGUGUCUUGAACCUGAUUUUACCUACAGGUAUGA